AUGGGGAUCGGAUCAUCGUCCGAUCCUAGCAGAUAUUCUCACAAGACCGAGAAGGUUGAUGGGCUGUAUUCGAAUGAUGAUACGACGACUGAGGAAAUAGCAGAAGCCUUGAAGGAACUCUCUGAUUCCCUUAAGGCAGAAGAGAUGUUCUGGAAGCAAAAAAAGUCGAAGGAUGAGGAAGGAUUGGUAGUCAUUGCUACUAGUUACUUCAGACAGAUCUUUGAAUCCUCAAACCCAGAAGAUAUAGCGGAUGCGCUAUCAGAGGCAGAGCUCCGUGAAUGUGAAGAAGUGAUGAAAGUAGUCAAGAAAUAUGGACAAGCAUCAGAACAAUGCAUUAAUUUUGAAAAAUCCUCCCUACUCUUUGGUAAGAGGAUUAACGCAAAUGUUAGACAACAGAUCAAAGAUACUCCGGGGAUCCAGAAUGAAGGAGGAAUGGGAACAUAUCUAGGAAUUCCAGAAGAUAUUAGCGGAUCCAGAUGCAAUUUUUUUGCAUUUCUGAAGGAUAAAUUAAUGCAUAGAGUGAAUGGAUGGACGGGCAGAUGGCUAUCAAAAGGUGGAAAGGAGGUUCUCCUUAAAUCUAUCUUGUUAGCUCUUCCGACUUAUGUUAUGUCUAGUUUCUUGCUCCGGUUGGAGAUAUGCGAAAACCUUGCUAGUGCCAUUGCACAAUUUUGGUGGAGUUCUAACCCCUCAAAGAGAGGAAUUCACUUGGCAAAGUGGGAAAAGGUCUGCAGACCACGGAAGGAGGCCGGGGUUGGUUUCCGUAUGACCCAUGAGUUUAACCUUGCUUUACUGGAAAAACAAUUAUGGAGGCUAGUGCAAUACCCUGAUUCGCUGGUGGCUAGAGUGUUGAAGGGAAGAUACUACAGAAUGUGUUCGCCUUUACGAACAAUCUCUGCCAUAAGCACCACUCAUCGCCGGGAUACAUUCUGCUGGAACUAUACUAAAAAUGGACAGUAUACGGUCAAAUCAGGAUAUUGGGUAGCUAGGAACUUACUAGAUGCUGAUGAGAAGGAGGUUCUGGAACCUAGUAUAACAAAGCUUCAAGCAUUUGCUUGGAAGAUAACAGCUCCACAAAAGAUUUGUCAUCUUAUAUGGCAGCUGAUAACUGGUUAUGUGGCAGUGACGAGGAAUCUGGCAAGAAAUGAUAAAAUCUUUAGGAGAAUAGACAGAGAUCCUUUGGAGCUAGUUCGCUAUGUGGAGAGUGAGUGUCAAGUCUGGUUUAACGCAAAUGAGAUAAUACCAACACCUCCACAAGACCUUAAUAUCGAAGAACCUCAAGUGUUAAGCUUGGGGAAUAUUUACAUGAUAGAUGGGUCAUGGACAUCUACUGCACAAUUUAGUGGAUAUAGAUGGGUCUGGCUAGAUAGAUUGGGGAAGGUUCAACUUAUGGGGACACGAAAUCAUAUUCGAAGAGAGUCUGCCUUACAUUCAGAGAUGGAAGCACUAAGAUGGGCGAUGGAGAGUAUGCUCCAGCAUUCGACUUAUCAAAGCUUUGGAAUAGACUACAAGGAUUUGAUUGCAAUGAUCUACGAGCUUCAUGCUUGGCCGAGCUUUGCGACAGAAUUGGAGAGGAUGGAGACUUUGAAGAUAUGCUUCCCGGAUUUCAAGAUUACUCAUAUUCCACGAGCGCAGAAUCAAAUUUCAGAUUUCUUACCUAGGACUGCGAGAUCUUUCCAUAGAAUACUUUAUUUCAUUGGUUGUUCUAUUCCGGUUUGGUUACCUAGGUCACCUCAAAUUUGA